AUGUCGUACGAGCCGCGCCGAAUUGCUUCACCUGUCAAUCGAACGCACUCAUUCGAGAUAGCAAUUUCAACAUCUCCACCUCUCUCACCAUAUCCUGAUCCUGAUCCAGUUGAACCAUCUCGUUCACCUCCUCCACCUCCAGCUCAUGCUCCGAAAAGACUAUAUUCUCCACGAAGAAGCGUGCAUGAAACAAUUAUAAGAGAGCUUAGAGAGUAUACCACGACUCGCAGCGGAUUGGCUCAACCACCGAUAUCUCCGCCAGCGGCUCCAGCGGUUGCUCCGCUCGCCGAAGCCGAAACGACGUGCUCGGACGAGGCGAGCGAGCCGGUACAUGAAUCCUCGGACUUUGACAAUCAGGAAGAGGAAGAGAAUGUCCAAGAGCGGAAUGUUGACGAAUUAGACGCUCCAUCACCUCCUCCAGCACCGUGUGUUCCCACUGAAACAUCACAACCAAUCGUUUUCCCGAUUACUCCUUUUUAUAGGAGAAAAGGAGGAUGUCCGAAAUUUUCAAUCUGCAUUGGAGGUCUUUGCGCGACAUUCUUCAUCUUAUCAAUUAUUUUUCUUAUUUUCUGGCUGGUUUCCUCGUCGGAUUUCCGGUCGAUUUCCUCAAAAAUCAAAAAUGUGUGCAGUUCACGAGAAUGCAUUGAUAUGGCCUUUCGGAUGUCGUCGAAUAUUGAAGAAAAAAUUGAGCCAUGUGAGAACUUCUAUCAGCAUUCAUGUCAUAAAUUCAACACACAAACCGAAGAUCAUCAGCUCAACUUUUUGAGUCAGCUGAAGGAAAGUUCAAUGACAAAUAUGCAUGGAUUGUUGACAAACGAAGAAAAUCCCGCGGAGAUGCUUAAAAGUACGAAAUUAGCGAAAUCAUUGUACGAGUCUUGCAUGAAUGCUGUUCAGAGAUCAUCGAACUCUCCUGCUGACCUUCAUAACCUGAUUCAAAAUUUUCCAUGCGGUCCCAUCCUACCGCAGUGCCAUAAUUUCAACUCGGACUCUUAUAGUUGGGAACGACAUUCUGGAAUGCUCGACUGGUAUGCAGGAGAUUAUAAUCUGAUCGUCUAUGGAAGAGAUGUUCAUCCACAAGAUCGUAGUAAAAUCAUUCUUCAGAUAAGACCUCCGAAUUUGGAGAAAAUGACUGGGCAAAUUCUGCGAAAUUUGCUUGAACUCGCAAAACCUUCAAGCACUGAGUUUGAGCCGUUGUUCCAGCUCUCUUUGCGUCAAAAUCUGCUGAAUGAUUUUGUGCGCUUUCAGCUUUUGCAGGAUCCGCGAUCUGUUCAGUCGGAUCUUGACAAUGUUGCUCGACUUAUUGUUGAUCUACAUGCGGCGACUAGAAAGUCAGCGACGAUUACACCCAAUGCAACUUAUAUGACAAUUAACGAACUGUCUCAAGCCCUUCCACAAUUGUUCUUUCGCGAAUUCCUCGACGCCUAUUUAUCAAAUAUUUACAAGUGGACCGAAGAGGAUUUGAUUUCGAUUCAGGACUAUGAAUACUUCGCACGACUUGUUGAUAUCAUGGCAACAACUGAUAGAAAAACCGUGGCCAACUAUCUAGUAAUUGCGACAACAUUUAAUAUGGAGCAAUAUUCGUAUUCCCCUCGAGAGCAAUUCGGAUGGCGAGAAUGUGUUGAUCAAAUUUCACGACUUGACAUUGCUUCGAAAUUGUUCAUUGAUAAAAAUGCAAACAUUAUCGAAAUUGAGAAGAUAUUCGAAUUUCUGACAACGCUCAAAACCGAUUUCAUAUCUACACAUAGAAGUACGCCGUUGCAGUACUUGUCGACAAUAAAUCGUCUCGGAUUUUAUGUUGGCUACCCAAAAAGGCUGCAAAACGAGGACAUCGUGUGGAGACCCGUUUCUCAAUUAUCAACCAAUCAGUCAAAUUAUUUCGAUUCGAUUAUCCGUGUGUCAAGAGCCGAAAGAGAAUAUUCGCUAUCGCAAAUUGGCACCUAUUUGGAUAUCGAUGAUACAACAGAAUUCCCAGUAAUCAAUCCAACGAUGCUCUAUAAUUCUCAUGUCGGAGCCAUUGUUAUUCCAUUAUCAUUCUUGAAACCGCCAAUUCACCAGCCAGAUGGAGAUGUGCCCAUGUACGCAGUAUACUCGAGUCUGGGAAUCACAAUACUUCAGAUGAUUUCAAAAGUGUUUUGGGAUGGACUAGACAAAUCGUCGCAACUUCAAUGUCUUGACAAUGUUUACAGAGGAUUUUUGAACGGAAACAGGCAACGAGCCGCGAAUUUAGAUAAUCAGUUAUUCUCAACCAUCGAGUUGUCCGAUGCUUUCAAAACCGCUAUUUAUUCUUAUACAAAAUGGCAGAAUGAUCGUGAUAUUCAUAGGGAGAAAUCUUUGCCUGCUUUUGAUAAUCUUGAUAGUGUGAGUUCACUUAUGCUCACUUUCUCAACGUUGUUCUGUAGCAACGAAGGACAGGAGCCAGGCAGUGAUUAUGAAGCAAUGAUCAACACUGUGGCAGCAAACUCAAAAAUGUUCACAAUUCAUUUCAAUUGCAAUAACACUAGUCGAAUAUUUAACCGACGCACAUGUCUAUAG